GUCCCGCGGCUUCUUGUCUCUUCUCAGUCUCAGAAGAUGGGGGGCCCCCCUCGGGGCCCCUAGGGUCUCCCUUGGGGGCCCCCAGGGGCCCCCCAGGGGACUAUGGAGAUUCAGGAAGUCUACAAAAAGAGGGGCCCCCCAGCCCCUGCUGCGGGGCCCCCGGGGCCCCCGGGAGCCCCAAGGGCCCCGAGGGCCCCGGGGACCCCCCUGAUGGGGAAGAAAGUUCAACAGCAUUUUGUCAGUCUCCCUUAUCUGCUGCGACGCGGUGUACGUACAGUCCACCGGACACGCCGUUGACAGCAGCAGCAGCAGCAGCAGCAGCAGACGAAGACACAGACAGCAGCAUUUUCUCCCCCUUUUCCCCACUAGGGGACGCAGCAGCAGAGGGGCCCCCAGACCCUUUUCCAUUCUCCAAGAGGGGCCCCCAGGAGGGGGGCCCCCAAGAAGGGGGCCCCCAGGAGGGGGCCCCCCAAGACGGGGGGGCCCCCGGGGGUCCCCGAGAGGGCCCCAAAGGGGCGCCUUGGGAUCUGCUGCUGCAGCUGCAGCAGCUGCCUGCUGCUGCUGCUGAGGGCGGCGGGUCCCCGACAGAGACAGAAGAAAAAACUGAAAAGGAAACAGAAAAAAAGAAAAUCAAAAAAACGAAAAAGGAGGAGACAUUUGACCCUCUCCUAGCAGAUUUAGAGCUCGCAGUCCGCCACAUGUGCUGGAGGGGGCCCCCGGGGCCCCCGGGGGCCCCCGGGAUCCCGGGGGCCCCGGGGGCCUCAGGGGCCCCGGGAGCCCCGGGGGCCCCAGAUAUCUUGGGGGCCCCAGAGGUUUUGGGGGCCCCAGGAGCCCCCGCGGGUGAUGGGGGGCCCCUUCAGUUUCAGCGGUGCGCGCCUGCCACCAGCUGUACGGACACCCCAAGACAUUGCUGGAACCAGCAGCAGCAGCAGCAGCAGCAGCAGCACGAGCAGCAGCAGCAGCAGCAAAGACAAAGGGGGGGGAGGGAGGCUCCCAGGGGCCCCCAAUGA